AAGCUUGGUUCAUUCAAAACCACAACAAGCUCUCGAAAUGGUGGUCGUUGGUAUCUUGGGAUUUGGUACAAGUCAAUCUCUGAGAGAACUUAUGUAUGGGUUGCUAACAGAGACAAUCUGCUUUCGGCUUUCCAAAUCCAUCGGAACAUUAAAAAUCUCUUACGCAAACAUUGUCCUUCUUGAUCAUUAUGAUACUCCUGUUUGGUCAACGAAUCUGACGAGAAUGGUGAAAUCUCCAGUGGUGGCAGAGCUUCUCGAUAACGGCAACUUCGUGGAGAGUUUCCUCAAUUCUUGGAGAAGCCCUUAUGAUCCCUCAAGCGGAGACUUCUCGUUCAAACCCGGAACUCAAGGGCUACCUGAGUUUUAUCUUUACAUGAAAGAGUUUCUAUUGUACCGAUCCGGUCCGUGGAAUGGAGUCGGGUUUAGUGGCAUACCGACGAUGCAAAACUGGAGCUACUUUGACGAUACAUACUUCAACGUCACCGACCAUAGCAUGCACUACUUGAGAUUUACACUGACUUCCGAAGGAUUAUUACAGAUAUUCAGAUGGGGUACGACAUCAUCGAAAUGGAACUUGUUUGGGGUUUUACCGACCGAGGAUUGCGAUUUGCACCAAAUCUGUAGUCGUGACAGUUAUUGUGACAUGAAAACAUUACCGACGUGUAAUUGUAUCAAAGGCUUUGUUCCAAAGAACGUGACGGCGUGGGCGUUGGGAGAUACGUUCGAGAGAUGUGUGAGGAAGUCGCGAUUGAGCUGCCACGGAGAUGCUUUUUUCUAAUGAAGAGGAUGAAGCUGCCGGAUACAAGGACAUCAAUUGUGGACAAGAGAAUUGGGUUAUAUGAAUGUAAGGAGAAGUGUUCUAAGGAUUGUAACUGUACCGGGUUUGCGAAUAAGGAUAUCCGAAAUGG